CAUCAUCUUAAAUCGAGUGGUCGUCACCAUGGAGAGUGCUUGCUGUGAAAUUUUAUUUAAAUAAUUACGUUUUAUUAAUUAAAAUAGAGAAUUGUUCUGUUAAACAUGUGUGUUGUAUGUAAGAAAUUUGUACUUUCAUACGGAAUUGAUAAUGUUGCGUCAUUGUAUCUAUAUUCUUACAAUAUUUCAAUUGUAUAGAUAUCAUAAAUUAGAAUAAAAUCAUUCAGAAUGAAUGGAGGAAUGGAGCAUAAAACGCCAGCUCAUAAUGCAGUUCUUCAUAAAGCACCAAAAAACUACAAGUUAUUAAUAGAUCCAUUUCUGGUAAAAGGUGCAACAAAACUAUACCGCUAUGAUGGAGUGGUACCUGGAGAUCAAACAUAUCCUCCAGUUCAAUGCAGAGAUCCUAGAUCUCAACUAUCUAGGAUAUGGAAUAAGCUGGAACCAGCAGACCUACCAGUACCUAGAUUCAGGAUAGAUAAAAAUUAUAUAGGCAUUCCACCAGCAGUUGAAAUUACAAUAGGAAAUUUAAAUGACAAUAUAGAUAAAGCUUUUUUGUCUGAUAUGAUGAAUAAAGUGGGACCUUAUGAAGAAUUGACCAUUUUUUAUCAUCCGUUAACAAAUAGACAUUUGGGAUUUGCAAGAAUUGUUUUCCAAGAAGUCAAGCAUGCAAAGUUGUGUGUUGAAAAAUACAAUGGGAAAUCAGUUAUGGGAAAGGUAUUGGAUGUGUUACAUGAUGCAUUUGGUAAAAAAUGUCAAGAGAUGUACGAAGACAAGACGAUGGACAAGAAACCACAACCAAUGAUUCCUGGUAUAAAAGUACCACCACAGGAAGAUGCACGGUUGGCCAAAACUGACCCAGCACUCAGUAAGAGAUUAGAAGAUACUAAAAUAAUCGAAAAGGAGCCGUAUUCCCGUUUCAAAGACAUAGAGCACAGCGACAGUAACACCCGGUGGUCGGACGACGAGCGGGAGUACCGCCGCGAGCAUCGGCAUCGCCACAGGAGCGACAGAGACAGAGACGGCGACAGGGACCGAGAGAGGGACAGAGACAGAGAUAGAGAUAAGGAUAAAGAACGCAAACGAUGCAAGAGGAAGUGUAAAAGGAGGCACCGAGACCGGUACGGGCGCAGUGCGGAGGCUGUGGAGAGCUAUGCAACGUCCAGCCACGCCUCCGAUGUGCCCUACACACCUGCUGGACCUAUGUCCUAUGACCCCUACUAUCAGACCGGGUACGGGUACGGGUACGGCGCGGGCGCGACGCCGGGCGGCUCGGGCGUGUGGUGGGACUGGCGGCACCACACGCCGCACACGCCGCACACGCCUCACACGCCGCACACGCCGCACCAUCACACGCCCUCGGAGCGGCGUUCCCACGUGACGCCCGACUGGAGCGCGCCGAGCGCGACAUCUCGCGUCUCGCCCGAACGCAAGGAGGCGAGAGAGAAGGAAAAGGAAAUAAAGACAAAAAAUGAAGAGGCGCCUCCUCCCAAGGAAGAUUCCUGUGAACCGGAACCGAAACCUCCCCCGCCUGCUGAAGAACCCAAAAAUGUCGAUUUAGAUACUAGGAUCGCCAUGCUCUUGAAAGGUGCGAGCGGCGGCGGAGGGCUGGCUCCACCGUUCCUCUCCCUGGGCAUCUCGCCGGAAGAGGAGGACGAGGACCGCCUGCCCGCUAAGAUACCUGACCUGGACGCUCCUCAGCCGCCUUCAGAUGAUGAGGGUUCCAUAAGCGAAGACAGGGAAAGCAUCAUCACAGUAAAUCAGGAUCAAGACUUUAAUGCGGAGCCGUUGUCAAAAACACCGUCGCCGUAUCUAGACAGGGAUAACUACCUCGAAUGUCUCAAACUCACUAUUAAAAGGCAAUUACAAGAAGAAGAAAGGAAAAAGCUACCCCAAGUGGACAAGAUAGGUUCGGAUAUAUCAUCUUCUGAGGAUGAAUUGUUAACUGGUGAAAAAAUACACAGAUCUCCAGCGCCGCUUGACAAAGACCAAGAUAAUUUGGACGACGACCAGAUGUCGUUAUCGUCGCUAUCUUCAACGGAGGCGAAGAUUGAAGAGCAAGUGCCCGCGGAAGCAUACUUUUACCCGCCCUCGCACGCCAACGCGCACGCGCACGUGCACCCGCACUACUACCAGCCCGUGUGGCCGCAUGCUGCAUACGGUGGGGCUCCAUAUGCAGGCGUGGCCCCAGUGGGUGCUGUUAGCGUGGGCCCGGUGGGUGAAAUGCCUUUAGCUUAUGGCGCUGCUUUCCCACCGCCCAUCAUUCCGACCUUCCCUCCACCACAUCAUCAAACGCAACAGGAGCUAGACAACCCAUAUUACCCAACAAUAAAUUGCGUGAUAGAACGAGUAACUACAGAAUUGAAGCAAAUCUUGAAGAGGGAUUUCAAUAAAAAAAUGAUUGAAAGUACCGCCUUUAAGAACUUUGAAAUCUGGUGGGACGAGCAAAGUAGGAAAACAAGAACGAAACCCACUAAGGAAGAAACUGGACAACCCCUACAGGAUAUAUCCAACAAAAAAGAAGAAACGGUGGACUCGAUAAAAUGUAUUAUCGAAUCGAGAGAUCUCGGUCUGGAACUAGGUGGUUAUGGGGCAGGAAUUGGUCUCGGCCUGCGUGCCGCCAUACCCAAGAUGCCCAGCUUCCGCCGCAAGAGGAAGAUCCCCUCGCCUGUGCGCAUGGACGAUAGCUCUAAACGCCUCAGCGACCAGGAGGAAAUUGUCCAGAACUCGGAUGAGGAGAAAGAAGUUCCAACGAGUCCUCGCAAUCGAACCGCAGGGUCAUAUUUAUCUACGAGUAGACGACGGCAGUCUUCUAGCUCAUCACGGUCGUCAUCGAGCUCGUCGAGCCGCUCGUCGUGGUCGGGCUCGGAGCGCGCCGCGGCGCCGCGCAUCUACUCCGACACCGACGACUCGGACUUCGACGAGACGCAGUUCAAGGUCAUAUCCAACAAAGAGAGGCUCAGAAAAGUUUACUCUUCGUCAUCGGAUAGUGAAGAGGAACAACGAAGACGAGAGAAAACUCCAAUCCCUCCGGUGGAGGCAUCCGAGGACCGGCUGGGCUCGCCCGUGCUGUCGCCCGAGCCGCCGCGCCACUCGCUGCUGGACCGCGUCUACUCCGACUCGGAGGAGGAGCGGGAGUACCAGGAGAAAAGACGGCGAAACACAGAAUAUAUGGCGCAAAUUGAAAGAGAGUUCCUGGAAGAGCAGCGACGGAAAAUGGAAAUGGACAAGGAGCCAGAACCCGAUAAGCCGCCUGACAAAAGCACACCGGAAGAUAAAAUCGAGGAGAGUCGUGUCAGUCCAGUCAAGAACCAUUUGAAAUCUCCCGAUAAGAGAAAGCCAGAGGCUGAAGAGGGUGAGGUCAGUUCAGACGAGGAGCCACUCGAAGCGCGAAGAAAGAAGAAAAGGAAGCAAAAGAAGAAGAGAGGAGAGGUUAAAAGGGAGAGGGUCAUUUCCGUUAGUGAUAGCCACACGGACACAGCUGCUAGUGUUAAUGGAAUCAAGGAGGGCAACGAGGUGGCGUCGCCGCCGUCGUCGCCGGUGUCGCAGGCGUCGCAAGCGUCGCAGGAGUCGCAGGAGUCGCAGGCGUCGCAGGCGUCGCAGGUGGCGCUGGACCACUCGUACUGCCGCCCGCCGCCCGACGCGCCGCCGCGCCGCCCCUCCAACCACCUGCACCAUGACCACGGUUACACAUGGAUCGCGGAACCGGAAACUGAAGCGCCCGCCGCUCCGAUCGAAGAGAUUAAACCCAAGAAGGAGACUAAGAGACCAUACAAACGGAAACAUGAAACCAAGAAACUCGCUGAAAUACAAAAUAAGCUAUAUGAACCUUUGGAAGACUAUAACAAGAUACACUCAAAUGUUGUGUUCAAACCUCGCGAUAUUAUGGCAGAAAUGCAAGUUAUGUACGAAUUCCUGACUAGAGGCAUCGACAGAGAGGACAUAGAGUAUUUAAGAAGAGCCUACGAGGCGCUGCUAACUGAAGACGCUCAAGGAUAUUGGCUCAACGACACGCAUUGGGUGGACCAUCCACCCACUGAUGUGGUAUAUAGCCCGCCAAAGAAGAAGUCCAAACGGCACAACAAUAUCUAUGAGGAUCUCCAGGGCCACUCGAGCGGGUCGGCGCGCACGGAGGGCUACUACAAGAUGGACGCGCGCGAGAAGGCCAAGUACAAGUACCACCACGGGCGCGCCGGCGCGCACCCGCUGGCCAGCGCGCACGAGCACCAGCUGCGCGCCAGCAAGAUGCAGCUGCUGUCCCGCGAGGCGCGCUCCAACCAGCGCCGCCUGCUCACCGCCUUCGGUACAGAUACAGAUUCGGAUCUACUCAAAUUCAAUCAGCUCAAGUUCAGGAAGAAACAGCUCAAGUUUGCCAAAUCUGGUAUACACGAUUGGGGUUUAUUUGCACAGGAGCCGAUAGCUGCGGACGAGAUGGUGAUCGAGUACGUGGGGCAGAUGGUGCGGCCGAUCGUGGCCGACGUGCGCGAGGCGCAGUACGAGGCGACCGGCAUCGGCAGCUCCUACUUGUUCCGCAUCGACCUCGACACCAUCAUAGACGCGACCAAGUGCGGCAACCUCGCGCGGUUCAUCAACCACAGCUGCAAUCCAAACUGCUACGCAAAGAUAAUAACGAUAGAGUCGCAGAAGAAGAUCGUGAUCUACUCGAAGCAGCCGAUCGGCGUGGACGAGGAGAUCACGUACGACUACAAGUUCCCGCUCGAGGACGAGAAGAUCCCCUGCCUGUGCGGCGCGCCGCAGUGCCGCGGCUUCCUCAACUAGACCCCUCUUAUUAUUUCGCUUAUUUAUUAUUUAUUGUUGCUAAAGGAUAUCGGAUAUUUGCAGUUCUCGUUAUUCUGUUGCGAUCGACACAACUGAAUGUCUUGAACAUGUAUUUAAUAAAUAGAACAGUUUAUUUUGAAAUUCAGAAUUUUUGUGAGCACUUUUUUGUGUUAAAAAUUGAAAACAGCAUGCAGUGUGAUACAUAUUUUACACAAGUUAAUUUAUCAAUUUAUUUAAUGCAAACAGGAUCAAUUGCUGUUUUGUAAGUAUUUAAAAAAACUGAAUAUCCACAAUAAAGUUCCACGAGAGCCUUAUUAAUGCCCGAUAUAAGAAUAUGACUGUAAAUAUAAACUAUGAUUUUAAAACCUUCAUAACAAUCUUAUCCAUAUAAUUAUUGGUAAUAAAUUCAUCUCAAUUUAUAUCACUGUAAUAUAAAUCUCAUCUCGCUGGUGCUCUUUUACAUCUAGGUCGCCUAGUUCAAUCAAGUAAUAAACAUUAAACAAUAAAAAUUCAUAAUAAUAAUGUUAUGAAAUCUCAAAACGUGUAACAUUUUACAUAUAUUAUAUAGAAAAAUAAGGAAAACGAUCUGGUCCGUGACCGUAGUCCAAUACUAUAUGAUGUCACUAAUGUUAGGUAUGUGUAGUAUAAUACUUCAUUUACGCAGGAUGUAUUAAGCACGUAUAAUUCGUGACAAUAACAAGUUCUUCCGAGGACACUGGACAUGACUCGGCUCAAAGCCCUUAAUUUGCACUAAAAUAAAUUUUAAACUGCCUCAUAUUGAUUGAUGUAUUUGUUUAUGUAUUGUAUAAAGUAAUAUAACUGUGUGCUAGACGUGUGGUCCGUGUGUUUUGAUAAUAAAGACCAGUGAAACUCGUGUAUGCUAUUGAAAUCUAUGGUAAUAUUUUGUAUUAUAUUGAAAUAAUGUAAUGACUGAGUAUGAGAUGUAAUUCAAUAGGCAUAGGAUGUCGAAAUUAAGACACUGUAUAAUUUUGUGUUGUAUAUUUUUUCUGUGAAUAAAACGAUCUCUAUUGUUCGUCAGACUUUUGUAGUACAGUUUUUAAGUACAUUUGUCCUAUCGGCGUUGUGUUUGACGGCACCAAAUAUCCGCUAUUAGAAGAUUAUUUCAUAAAUGUUAAGAAAUUCUCUAUGAGAGAUGCGUGAAGGCUAUUAUUUUGUAAAUGAUGCUUAGAUUGGUUCACAUCCUUCCAAAUGCACGUCUUUUAUUGUAAUUUCAUAUGUAUAAGAUUGUAAAUAAAAAUUCAA